AUGGCUUCCGUUAUUGUUUGCUGUGAAACUGUCUUUACUUUCUCAUAUUGCCUGCAUUUUUUGCCCUUUUGCAGAAAGUUUCUGUCAAUAUACUUAUCCGACCAGCAGAAUUCUACUCUUCAGGCCGCUCACCCAAUUCAAGCAACCGCCGGUACUUUUGCGCCCGGUGGGACCAAAUUUUUCUGCGCUUAUCAUAACGGCGCGAUAUGUGUGAUUGAUUUCUUGAAAAACAAGUAUCGAGUGCUUGUGCAUCUUCACAGAAGCGUAACAGCCCUGACUGUGCAUCCGAUUUCGGAACAACUCCUUGUCGCAUCCAGUGAUUACGUCAUUAGAAUCCUAAACAGAGGUUCCGGUAAGGAAUGUGGUACUUUGCGCGGUCACACCUGCAGUAUCAACAGUAUUUUCAUCCAGCCAAGGCACGGGACUUUCGCCCUCACCGUUGGCCUUAGUGAAGCGAUACUAUGGAAUCUUGCGACGUUUGAAUGCAGAUGCCGGCUGCGUACGGAAGCUGAUAGUGCCCUUACCGCUGCGUUUUUCCUCAACCCAAGCGGUGACCAGGUCUUCACCUGUUUCCGAGACGGGUCGAUGUACUUGUGGGAAACCUCCGAUCUGGGAUGCUCAAAUCGUCUGGAGAAAGCACCCAGCACUUCGUCCUAUCUUGUUUUCGCACAAACGAGCCUCGGUAGCUAUAUGUUUGCAGCGGGGCGUUCCUCAUCCAUACAUUUGUGGCACUUGAACCGGCAAACCUCCGUUCAGGUGGCGGUGUCAGUUGCAAACGAUCAAAACCGUCCUUUCGUCUUGCAAGAAGUGAUCCAGUUGUCAUGGCGAAUCAGCAAUAUAAGGCGGCUUGCGUGGAUUGGGGAAUCCUCUUUGGGUACUUUUCUCCUCCCAGGAGAGAACGAAACUGACGAGCUUGACGGCUUGCUUGUAGCGCUUGGCAGCGACCAUCGGGCUUAUUUCCUUCGGAGGCAUCGCAAUUCACAUAUGGACACAUUGCAUUCAAAAGAUGGACACAACCAAGCCUAUCUAUCCCCGACGUUAUUAGUGAAGUGGCUUUGUCUAUUCACGAUUGGAUCCGGUUCUUACGACGAUCCGUUAAUUCACAACUUGAUCGUCCCUCAACCCUCGGUGUUAGGUACUUCAUUGUCCGACCCGUCGAAAUCCCCUGUGCCCAUUGGGAACGCCUAUCUCGCGCUCAUUGAUCUUCAUGGAUAUGCACACAUACAUGACCUCUCAGUGUGCCUCAGGCAACUGAAAAGAACCAAUGGGCAUACCUGUACUCGCCGGCGCGCAGCCUCUUCUUUGUCUCCUGUAAAUUCUUCUGUGCCAGUGUUGAAGGUUCAGAACGGAUACACCGCUUUAUGUGAUCGGUCGAAGCAUUCUUCUCCAGCUCCGACACCCAAUCCUAUCAUCAAACGACCGGCCAGCUCCUGCGUGAAAUCAACUCCCCACUCGAUUUCAGAACCUUCUGUGUAUACUGAUCCGACCGAUGGUCUGUUACAUCGUGGACGACUUAGGAUGUUGCUCAAGGAAUUUGGUCGCUUUCCCGACAAAUACAGAUUAUUCAUUUGGAGGGCGAUUCUGAAAUUACCGUCAAAUGCUCAAGCUUUCCACGCUUUGGUGAAGAAAGGAACGCAUUCAGCCUACGAGAACCUCCCUGUUCGCUAUCCAAUCCGGGAGCGCAAGUUGCUGCAUGCCCUCCAAAGGGUGUGUUCAGCCUUGGCAUUCUGGUGCCCUUUAUUUGGGGAAACGGAUUGGUUACCAAUGUUCGCCUUUCCUUUUAUCAAGCUAUUCCAAAGUCAUCUUCUGCAAGCAUUCGAAGUGGUCGCUACAAUCCUGAUCAAUUGGUGUUCCGCCUGGUUCGAAUACUUCCCCAGUCCACCAAUAAACGUGUUAUGCAUGAUUGAAAAUUUGGUGGCCUACAACGACCAGGAAUUGUAUCAUCACCUUGUCAAGUGCCAGGUCACCACUGAGAUCUAUGCUUGGCCUUUGCUGCAAACUUGUCUGAGUGAAUCGUUCACUCAAGAGGAAUGGCUUCAGCUAUGGGACACUAUCCUAUGCUCCUCUCCCGGGUUCCUCGUCGCGGUGGUCGCCGCAUACACUUUGUGCGCCCGUGGUCCACUUCUGCGAGUACACGAGCUGGACGUUUUCGAUAACUUCUUCCGUGGACAAAAUGCCGUCGCACUGGUUAGGCUAGUGGACAAGGCUCAUCAAUUAAUGGCCUGUUGUCCGCCCGACAUGAAUCCUGAUCGUUUGAUCGGCUCGCUUCUUCAGCCGACUCUAGUGGACGGCACCAUUGAUUUGGCGAUUAACAACACCUCCCCUUCACGAAAACCCUUGCUUCAGUUCCAGCCAUUGACCAGCCCGGAUUAUCCCAUUGUAAUGCGGUACCCAAAGUUCAUUGUGGAUUUCCACGCAAGAGAACGUGAGCGUAUUCGUGAGGAGGAGAAGGAAUAUCUACGACAAAGAUCCAGUGUGGAGGACCUGGAACGACGUGUACAAAUGCUGGCAUAUGAAGAGCAAAACUGGUAUCGCCAACAACAAAUAUUAUUGGAUGCUGAGCAACGACGUCGUCAGAUGUUUGCUGCGGAACAGGCGAAACUGCGUGAUCAAAGGAACAAACUGGAUGCUCUAAUACGUAAGGCGAAGUUACGCGAACUCACCCUGACUGCGGAAUCACGCAAUCGCUUGCGGCAGUUGGAGCUAAGUCGUCACAAGGCCGCGAUCGAUAACAUGGAGGAGCAGUUGAAAAUAAUGUCAACCAAGCGAAUGGACGAGAUAAAUGAUGUCACGCAUGCGGCAGAGCUGGCUAGACUUCCGGAAAAUUUACAGGGACGCUGCUCACAAAACGCCAGGUUUGUGCCGCAAUCCUCAGAAGUAUCACCAACAGCACCACCGACAACAACGACAGCAGUCGAAACCCAGCGGAGCAGUAGCCCUCAUCGAAUAAUCGAAGGGGACGAUUCAUCUAACCUUCCGACUGUGGUCCCUGAGUUGAUGACAGAAAACCAAAUUUUGGCGGCCGAAAUAGACGAGCUUUUGAAUCGACUUCAGGUACCCAAAGGUCACUCGCUUUCUAUACUUGGCUCAGGAAAUAACACGGGUCAGUUGGAUGGACGAUAA